UUGUCAUACGUACUUUGUAAUAUCAUUAGGUUCUUAAUCAUUAUUCAUCUAAUUAUCCACACAAAAAUUAGACAAAAAAAUAACUAUAUGUUUAAUUUAUACAUGCGCCCGACGAUGCACCGACAAUGCACACAAUCAUAAAAUAAAAUAAAUAAUCUGCUAUAACAUAAUGAAGCUUUUUUUUUAUACUCAAAAUCAAGCAAUAAUUGAUGUAAAUUCUCCUUAUCCAGCAGUUUCCAUUUUGUUCGAUGUAUUUUCUGUGUCUGAAAAUGACAGUAUAGAUAUGAAGUUUCUAUUACAACUUGCAAGAUCUUAAAUUAAAAUUAAGAUCUCUUAAGAUUUUCCAGCUAAUUCUAUGGACCCCAUGCUUUACUUAUGUCCUUAAAUACUCAAUUAAGUUAAGUCAUUAUCUUAAAUUGUGUACUAUUUCCUUUACUUACCAGAUUAAGCAACCUUUUUAAUUAAUACUUAUAACUUAUUGUGAGUGAUGAGUUGUACAUUAAGCAAGAAGAAUAAACAUAUGCCAUGUGCAGCAUGCAAGCUUCUUCGUAGACGAUGCACUAAGGAUUGCAUUUUCUUGCCUCACUUUCCCUCUGCUGAACCACAUAAAUUUAUUGCUGUGCAUCGCAUUUUUGGUGCUAGCAACAUCAGCAAAAUGUUACAACAGGAGAUACCAAUGAAUAAUAGAGAAGAUGCAGUAGUCAGCAUGGUUUAUGAAGCUACAGCAAGACUCAGAGAUCCAGUUUAUGGCAGUGUAGGUAUCAUUUCUGCCCUCCAGAAACAUAUAUUUCACUUGCAAUCUGAGUUAAACGAAGCUUCGGCUGAAGCAAUGUCUCUCAGAACACAGUUAUCCGAUGCUUCAUCCUUACCCUCAUCGCUACUGGAAGGUUCUCCAUUCACUCCUGAGAACCACGAGUUUCAUGACCAUUACCAGAAGCCGAACGAGCAACAUGCAUAUGCUAAUAAUGACUCAAAUGACUUGCUACUACUUCCAGAAGCAGCAGACUAUUGUUUCCAAGAAACUGAAGUUCUUCCACUGCCUUACUUGAAAUAUGGACAACAAUAGAAUGUCAACAUUUGCCUUUCCAUUUAACAAACACCUUAUCUUUUCCAUUGCUGCUAGUUAAAUUUUGCAAGAUUAACAAAUGCAAAAGUGGAUUUAGCCAACUAAAAAUUGUUCCAAAGCCUCAA